AUGUCAGAGCAAAAGAAAAAACAAACAAAGUGUCCAGGUUGCAGCAUUCCCCUGAAGAAACUUUCAGGAUACAAAAAAUCGUUAGAUACUGAUGAAGAAAUAUUCCAAUUUCAUGCAAUAUUCGAUGAGACAGUAGAUCUCAAUACUAUAAUAUGUUCAAAAUGUUUCUCGAAGAUGAGGAAAUUCGUGCAUCAGAAUAAAGAGAAUCAAGUCAAAACUGCAGUUCUGGAAAACGCGGGAGAAUUAUUUUCAGAAACACCUCCUACUGAAACCCAGUCAUCUCUAUCAUCUACAAAUAGUCCAGGAGUUUUUUAUCCAGAAGCAAAACCGAUGGAAGAAGUCGAAUUAGUUGAAAUUUCAAUUACAAGAACACUCAGCACUCAUGCUUACUGCUGUUUAUGCAAAUCAAUUAAAAACCUUGUGUUAGUUCCAGAUCAGGCUCGGAUGCAAGUUUAUGCAAAAAAGAGAAUAUAUAUUCCUAACGGUAAUAGAUGUUGCAUUAAACACCUGAUAAACAAGAGGUUUUAUGACGAAGAAUUGAAGAGCAUUGAGGUUUUCUCAUCGACAAGUAUGAUUCCAGUUCCGGAAUUAUCAAAACUACUUGAACAAUUAUCUAUUCGAGUAGAUUCUGAAAUUCAUGACAGAAUUGGAGAUUUUUCUUUUCCGGAGGAGCGCUUGAACGUGCUGACUGCUGGGUUGAGUUGGGAAAAUAUUAUAGAAUUACGCGAUAUGAUGAUAUCCUUGAGAGAUUCGGAAUCUCGAAAUGUGACACAAGCAUUGAUUGUUUUUCUGUUUAAAUUAGUAAGUGGAAAUUCAAAUAAAGUCAUUUGCGCUGUUCUGGGUGUUCAACGCGAGCAGCAGGUUUCGGCUUUCUGUCAAUCUAUUUUAACAGCUUUUGAAAAAGAUGUACUUCCAACACGUUUUGGUAUUGGUACACUAAGUAGGGAAGAAUUAAUAAGUCAUAAUACUCCAGUCGCCAAAGCAUUACAUAAUAUUCGGGAAGAUCAGCUGGCUUUGAUUGGGGAUGGAACUUAUCUCCGACACGAAAAGAGCGCAAAUAAUGAGUAUCAAAGGAAAUCUUUUUCUGGUCAGAAAAAAGUACCUUUAUGCAAACCGUUUACGAUCUGUGCUUUGGAUGGAUACAUUAUAGACUCAGCAGGCCCUUUUGAGGCUAAUCUGAAUGAUGCACAACUUUUAGAUCACCUAUUGAAAAAGCCAGAUGGUCUGAGAAAAUUGAUGAUCAGUGGAGAUAUCUGGGUUCUAGACAGAGGUUUUCGUGAUGUAAAAGACAAUCUUGAAAGUAUGGGAUACAAAAUAUUAAUGCCAGCUCUCAAAGGAAAACAAAAACAGUUAACAAGACAAGAAUCUAACGACUCUCGUUUUGUUACUGCGGUCCGGUGGCCAGUUGAAGUUGUACAUGGUGUGAUCGGUAAUAAGUACAAGUUACUUCGUCAUAAGUUUUACAAUACAAUGUUGCCAAAAGCUGGCUUGUAUUGUAAGAUAGCGUGCUUUUUACAAAACAAGUUCGGAAAGCGAUUCGUAGCAGACCCUUCCAUGACGGAUGAAAUUGUUUCACGUAUGCUUCAACGAAAAGAUGUGGAGAAUACUUUAGCUUCAGAAGCUGAAAAUGGUCACUGGAGUAGAAGAAAAUUACCUUUUCGACCAAUGACAUCCAGUGACGUUCUAGAUUUUCCAGAAUUAACUGAAAGGGAUUUGAAGAUAUUGUUUUCAGGAACAUACCAAUUGCAGCAGAGCGUAUCUUAUCUGGCCGAAAUGAUGAACGAAGAUGGCGAGCUUGAACUUUACUAUUUAAAAGCAACAAAUGAAAUUCUAAAAGUGCGUGUGAAGUCGAGACACGUUAAUAGAAAUACGUAUAAUUGUUUCGUUCAUUACCGCCCACAAACAAACGACUGUGCAGGUAUCGUUAGAUACUGUUGCGAGUGCGCUAACGGCAAUCGCACGAUCGGUUGCUGUGCUCACGUUGCUGCUGUGAUAUAUUACCUCUCGCAUGGAAGAUAUCUUGCGAAAAUAAUACAACCGGCUAAAAUUUUAAGUUCCCUUUUUGCAGUUCAACAAGUACCGCCCGUCAUUAACGAAGACAGUGAUGAAGAUUAG